CUGCAAAGUUUAGUGCCACCACGUGCCACGCAAAAACCCUCUGCCACACUCUGAGUGAGUAUUUGUAUCAGUGUUCUUUGUAAAAUUAUGUUUUGUAGUGGUUCUAGGCCUUGCUGUUUUAUUACUGGAGCUAGCCGUGGGUUUGGAAGAUCUGCGGCAAUCGCAUUAGCACAGCAAUUCUCUGAUUCUGGAACCGAAGGAAAUUUUAUCCUCGUCUCGCGUUCCGGUGAUGGGCUCGAAGAAACAAAGAAAAGAAUCGUGGAUGUCUGUGUUAGUGCGAAAGUUCAUGUUAUGGUUGCCGAUCUUGGAGAGAUGAGCACCUUAGAGGAUUCCAUAAAAGCUGCAUUGUGUAAGGUUGAAUUGUCCAAAGUUACACAUGCCUUUCUCCUGAAUAAUGCAGGGUCACUUGGAGAUGUGUCAAAAUGUUUCAAGGACGUCUCCCAGAAGGUUGAUGCCCUGGCAGAUUACUUCAACCUGAAUCUAAACUCUCCCUUAUUUCUUACUGGAAAGUUUCUUCAUCACUUCAAGGAUGCCUGCUGUACUGUAGUUAAUGUGUCAUCCCUCAUGGCUCUACAAUCUUUUCCAUAUUUUUCUUUGUAUUGCACCGGCAAAGCUGCUCGAGAUAUGAUGUGUCAAGUUCUGGCUAAAGAGGAG